CCCUUCUGUAAAGUUUCUAAACUACUUAUUGAGUCUUAAACUCGCAGCAGGAUUCCGACUUCAGCUCCGGACUGGAAAUGUUUUUGUACCUGAAAGUAAAGUCGGCCCAGCUCCGUGGUCUCAGCUGUUUUCAAGGCAAACGUUUGGAGUGUGAAGUGCUCUGUGAACAUGAGGCUGGACCUGGGGGGGGGGGGGGGGGGCUUCUAAAUCUGACGGAGCCCGGGAGGAGGAAUCCCUUUACAGCACGUCCCCCCCCCGGCCAAUGAGCGGGGACGCCACCCAGACACAUGGGCCAGGCCUCCCCAAAAAUAACCUGCCACCGCCGCUCUGACAAACGCCGCUCCUUCUACCGCUGACAGGUUACCGUAGAUACUCGCCUCGGACACAUUUUCCUGUAAAGCCAAGGUGACUGAGGAGAAAAAGGGGAAGUCUGGGCGGCCGCCGGAGCGUCAGACAUCCCCCGGGGAAGAGCUGAAUCUCCCAGUUUGACACAGGUGCGGUCUGAGGAUUGUGACGGGUCCAGUCCUGCACAGGGUCCUGCUGGUGUUCAUCUGAAGAAUGCAAGACAACAACCUGGAGCAGCCGCCGUCGCUGUCCCAGCUCCUGAGGGAGAGCUACCUGGCCGAGGCCCGGGCCCAGAUGAGCCGCUCCGACGCCCCCCCGUCCCGCCUCCAGAUCUACGGCUCUCUGAAGGGCAAGGCGGAGGAUGCGGGGGGGUGCUCGGACCCUCACUUCCCAGACCUGUCGGCCUUCCUCAGCCAGGAGGAGCUGGAUAAGAGCGUCAACCUGGCACGUCAGGCCAUCGGACAUGAACCUAGAGAGGAGAGGUCAGAGGUCAAGGCCCCUGUGACCCCACAGACCCCUUCUGACAGCCCCUCCCCCUCCGUCCCCUUCACCAACCCUCCUCCGUCUGCCUUUGUCAGCCCUGAGCUCAGAGAACUUCCAGCAUCUCAAACAACGUUCACACCGGACAGAAAGAUGCACAAAGCACCUGCACGGCAGGACCCGGUGAUCCAGACCGGGACCGGGGACGGGUUCCAGGACCUCAACAGGUCAGCACGGACCGCCCCGUACGGCAUGGAGACCCAGUCCAAGAAGGAGUUCCUCAACAAGGCAGCGGACUUCAUUGAGGAGCUGUCGUCCCUGUUCAAGGCCAACAGCUCCAAACGGAUACGGCCCCGGGCCUGUAAAACCCACCGGACCCGGGCCCAGACCAAGACCCAGACUGACGGCACCAUUUAUGCACUGGGCUCGGAGGGCAGGGAGCGCACUGUCCUGCCCAUGGAGGUGGAGGAGGUGGAGCAGGAUCAGAGACCCGGACCCGGACCAGCGGUCAGCCUCCAACCACAGGUCCAGCCUGACCCUGGGAUCGGGACCAUGGAAUUUCAGGACUGCAGGAUUUUAGAGGAUCCACAUCAGCCGCAGCAGUACGACUUGGCCUCCCAAGAGGUGGAGGAGGAUCAGGGGAAGGGGGAAAGAGAGGGGGAGGAGGCUCAGACCUGUGGCCUGACAGGCCCCUCAUCGUCCCCCAUGGAGCCGCUGUGUGAACCUCCUCAUUUCAUCCAGAAACUGAAAAGUAGGGAAGUCCCUGAAGGCACCAAGGUCCAGCUGGACUGCAGAGUCCGAGGACUCCCGGUCCCCAAAGUCCGGUGGUUUUGUGAAGGUAAGGAGCUGGAGAACAGCCCUGACAUCCAGAUCAUCACUAACGGGGAGCUCCACUCUCUGAUCAUUGCUGAGGCUUUUGAAGAAGACACCGGACGUUACUCCUGCUUCGCAUCCAACUACUACGGAACAGACUCCACGUCGGCUGAGAUCUACGUGGAAGGUGCCUCUUCCUCCGAGUCUGAAGCAGAGCAGCGUUUUGAACGAGUAGCUCCGCAGCAGAGGAAAACCCCAAAGUCAGCCCCGUCUUUACCUCCACCAUCGAGCCAAACUCUGUCUGCAGAGGAAAAAGAAAAGUCAGUUCAGCCCGAACAAACAAAACCCACUGAGGAACCAGAACCAGCAGAGGACCUCAGUUCUGCACCAACAAACCACACCUCAGCAGAGACUGAGACCCCCGAGUCAGACCAGUCAGUCCAGACCCCAGACCACAUACAGAUACCGGAGUCGUCUGAGUCGUCCACGGUUCAGUGUGCUCAGGACCAGACACCGGCGCCACUCGUCCAGGUGUUCCUGCCUCUGCAGCCCGCUGAUACCGAACCGACACAAGCCCAGGAGGAGUCACCGCCCAUCCCACUGCAGACCCCACCCCUGAUCCCAGUGGUGUCGUCUGUUCUGUCGGUCCAGGCUCCGACACAAACACCACUAACUGAGAUUCAAAGCCCCAGCGUCCCCUUCCUCCAGGGGCUGAAUGGCCAACCCAUCAUGGCAGCCCCCGUCUUCACUAAGAAUCUGCAGGACCUCCUGGCGUCCGAAGGCCAGCUGGUGGUGCUAGAGUGUCGUGUCAAGGGGACGCCAUCUCCUCGAGUGGACUGGUACCGGGAGGGAAAACCCAUCGAGGACUCUCCAGACUUCAGGAUCCUACAGAAGAAGCCCAGAUCUCCAGCUGAAUCAGAGGAAAUAUGCACGUUGGUUAUUGCUGAGGUGUUUCCUGAAGAUUCGGGGAUGUUUACAUGUACAGCAAGCAACAAAUAUGGAACCGUGUCCAGCACUGCAGCACUAAGGGUCAAAGGGAACGGUAGCAGCAGCCACCAUGUGAGGCCUUUCAGCAGUUUGACAGUGGAACCAGCUCAAACGCACCCUCCCCCGUUAGAUCUCACCCCUCCCACCUUCAAAACUCAACCAGAGGUAACUGUGACCAACAGCAUCAAACCCCACUCCAGCACCAUCCGCCUGGACCCGCUGGUCUCUAGCACCUUACGCCUGGACCCCCUGAACACCAGCACCCUCCGCCUGGACCCCCAGAGCUCCAGCGUGCUCCGACCGGACCCCCUUCGCACCAGUCUGCCCAGUCUGGAGCCCACCAGCCUGAGCAGCAGCCUCUACCUGAGCUCCAGGAGUACCAGCACCCCCGCCUUAGACCCUCUGCACUUCCACCGGGACCCUCCUGGAUCUGCUGAACCACAAAGCAUCCUAAAACCUUCCUCUGUGGUUGAGACUGGGCCGGAGCAGGAAAAGCCUCAGCCCGCAUCGCCUGACAUGAAAACCCCCAAAGCCAAGGGAACCCCAAACGGGACCCCCUUUGUGAUACCCCUCCCAGAUCCUCCGCCAAACUCCUGCUUAAAGUCAGGAAAUGGAACCAACCAUAAACAGUCCCGGUCCGGCUCCAGAGUGGGUCUGCGUGUGCACUUUAAACUGCCUGAGGAUGAGGAACAGAGUGACCCGUCCAGUCAGUCUGAUGAAGACGGGAUGCAGGCGUCCAUCAGCAAGGAACCGCCUCCAGUGUUUGCAAAACCCAAACUGGACCCAGCUCAGCUCCAGCUUCUGCACAACCAGGUCCUGUUGGAGCAGCAGCAGGAUACUGACCCUCCGACCCGCACCCAAACCCAGCCUCCACCCCCCACCCUGCCUCAGGCCCACCCCCCGAUUCAGGUCCAGAUCCAACCUGAGGUCCAAAGCUCCCAUGAGCCAAGUCCAGUGUGGUCGCCCAGGAUACACCGUGAACCCCCGCAGAUCUACACCGUGACCACAGCAGCUGCACCUCCACCUGCCACCGCCCCUCCAGCUCCCAUCCUGACUCCCACUCCUGCUCCCAUCCUGACCUCCACCCCUACUCCCAUCCUGACCUCCUCUCCAGCUCCCAUCCUGACCUCCAUCCCUGCUCCCAUCCUGACCUCCUCUCCAGCUCCCAUCCUGACCUCCAUCCCUGCUCCCAUCCUGACCUCCACUCCGGCUCCCAUCCAAACAUCCCCCCCUGCUCCCACCCCUACCUUUUCACCUCCUCCCAUCCACUCCCCUCCUUCUGCUCCUCAUCUGAAGAUGUCCUCAGUGGUGACCUCCCCUCCACCUGCUCCACAGCUCAACACUGCUCCCCCUGGUCUCAGCACCGCCUCCGUGAUCCAGAUGAACACCAUCCACGCCUCCCACCUCAACCUGUCCCCUGCUGCUUUUAACAGAAGUGCACCCACUCCCCAGUUUUACUCUCCUCCCCCUCCACCGAAGCUCAGCUCCACAGAUCCAACCCCUUUACAUCAGAUCACAUCUCCUGCCCCUCUGCUACGAAGCACCCACGCCUCCCUCAUGAACCUCACUGCCACCUCCCUGACCUUCAACUACACCCGGCCCAAAGAGUUCAUCGCUGCCCAGGCCUUCUCCCCGGUAAGAAGCCCCUCCCCCACAGAGUCCCCGGUCCCUCUGCUCCACGAACUGGCCGCCGAGCUCAACUCCUCGGCAACCAGCUCCCCGACUCUCCCACCUUUCUCCCCUCCACCUCGGAUCUUCCCCACCAGGGUUCUCCAGUCGCCCACCAGCCCCCCGUCCCUUGUGUCGUCUCCCACUCCAGGUUCAGCGUCGCUCCUGAACAGCGUUUUCGCCUUCAGAGCCCAGUCUCCUCCACAGGCCUCCUCCCCGACGUCCAGCAGCUCCACCCCAAGCCCCAUCCAAAACCCGGUGGCGUUCCUCAGCUCCGUCCUGCCUUCCCUGACCCUGUGUCACCCAACAAACUCCAUGGGCCUGCCCAAAGGCGCUCCGGCAGGGGUCCUUAAGAAAACACCCAAGGUUCACCUACCGUCGAAUGAAGAAAUCCGUGAAAGCAAAGAAAGUCUGCUCAUCGACAUCGAGAAAAAGCUUCGGUUUAAGGAUGAUUCUCCACAGUAUGUACAUCAACAGAAGCUGAGUUAUGAGGGGAAAACAGCGAGCAGACCCCUUGGACCAAACAUUCCUGCUACUGUCAUUAACUAUGAUGAGGAGUACAAAGUGUCCAGCUUUGAGCAGAGACUAAUGAGCGAGAUCGAGUUCCGUUUGGAGCGAACGCCAGUGGAGGAGUCGGACGACGAGGUGCAGCAUGACGACAUCCCCACGGGGAAAUGCAUCGCACCCAUAUUUGACAAGAAGCUAAAGAACUUCAGAGCCAUGGAAGGAGUUCCUGUCACCUUCUCAUGCAAAGUCGUGGGGAUCCCUAUUCCAAAGGUUUACUGGUUCAAAGAUGGAAAACAGAUUCUGAGGAAGAAUAUCCACUAUAAAAGGAUCAGAGAGGGGGAUGGGACAUGUGCUUUACACAUCGAAUCUGUGACCAAUGACGAUGACGGAAACUACACCAUCAUGGCGGCUAACCCUCAGGGUCGAAUCAGCUGCUCGGGUCAUCUGAUUGUCCAGACAGGUCCUCCUCGCAACCGAAUGACACCAAUUCACCCCCAGAGGGUACGAGCUCGUAUACAGGAAGUUGAGAACGAACAAACACAAGAGCGUUUCUUUCGGCCUCACUUCCUCCAGGCUCCAGGAGACAUGAUGGCUCACGAGGGGAAACUCUGCAGACUAGACUGUAAGGUGAGCGGUCUGCCCAGCCCAGAGCUCAUGUGGUUGGUGAACGGGAGGCCCAUCUAUCCUGACAUUUACCAUAAGAUGUUGGUGCGGGAGAACGGCAUCCAUUCGCUGGUCAUCGACCCUCUGACACAGAACGACGCUGGAACGUACACCUGCAUCGCAAGCAACAAGGCCGGACAGAGCUCCUUCAGUCUGGAGCUGAAGGUUGUAGAGAAGGAGAUGAAGCAUCCUCCUCAGUUUGUGGAGAAGCUGCAGAACAUGGGGAUCCCUGAAGGAACGCCGGUCCGGAUGGAGUGUCGGGUGCUGGGGAUGCCUCCGCCGCUCAUCUUCUGGAAGAAAGACAACGACACCAUUCCUAGAACCAAGGACAGAAUCAGUAUGCACCAGGACGCCACAGGAUACGUGUGUCUCCUGAUCCAACCAACAACAAAAGACGAUGCUGGAUGGUACACGGUGUCAGCGAAAAACGAGGCUGGCAUCGUCUCCUGCACCUGCAGACUCGAUAUCUAUGCACAGUGGCAUCAGAACAUCCCCGCCCCCAUGAAGAAGACUCCACGCACAGGAAGCCGCUACGCUGCUCUGACAGGACAAGGACUGGACAUCAAGUCGGCGUUCCCUACGUCAGAGAACAGCCCCAUCCUGUUCGCCAGCUCACCCCCCGAGGCCACGCUGGAGAGCGAGGAGCUGUAACGGCAGAGCAGAUUGUCAUGACGUUUGUGUGAUGCGCUUGAAGUUAAACACUCAGAGACGACGGCGAUGGGUUAAUGUGUCACCUGCUAGACGCCAACGCUAUCAGCACUAAUAGAGGGUUAGCCACCAUUCCUAUAUACUCGAGUUUCACUACAGGAAAAUGACAGAUUUGCGAAGUCUUAGCUCAUGAGCCAUCAGAGGAAGCACUUUGUGAUCUCUGACAGGUUUUUCUACAGGUUUUAGAUACAAUGUUAAGGUUGUUGAGAAUAAUUGUUUAACUUCAAAUCUACUCUUAUGGUGAUUAUUUUAACAUAUUAACCUGCUGGUAGCGAUAGGUUCUAUUAAUGUUUAUAUGAAAAGUAGAGUUAAGUUAUUGUUCAUGAAUUACCACAUAGUUUACAGGAGAUGGACGAGCGCUUUCUCCUACAUCUGACUAUUAUUUUGUCAAGUCCAUCACUGGUUCACCAUUUUGCACCGUUUUUCAUGUAUGCGAGUGAAAAGGUUGAUUGCUCCGAACGUCUCAUUGUGGUUUGAAACACUGACACAGUUUCUUUACUGUAUUCGCUUCAGGUGAUUUAACGUUUUCAUGUUUGUAUUGGAGAUAUUUCUCCUCAGGAUGUUUUAUCAGUGAAAUGAGGCCAAUUAGAUUAUCAGCUCUGUCAAAGGAGUUUAUUUGUCCCAUGAGGUUGAUUGUUCAGACUUGAAGAUAAAUCUACAGAAAUUUGAUGAAAACUGAAUAAAAGAUAAAGUUUGAAAGCACAUAUUCAGCUAAUGUAAAAUUGCACAUUGUAAAAUAGUUUUGUCCUUCUCAGAAUAAAGUUAUAUUUAUUCAUU